UUAUCAGUUCAAAAUGGCAGAGGGGUCAAAUCGUGGCAAUUUGGAUGAUUUGACCAAUCCGAUGUCGUCAAAAGAAAACAGUGUUUACAACUUUGUACAAACGACGCAAAAACACACAGAAAACACAGCACGUGAUACAAACAACCCCGGGCCAGCUAUGGAGAUCGGCCCAUUUGUCAGUGCUGAGGUCGAUAAGGCAGAAGAUAGUUAUAAUGUAGAAACGUCAAAUCAUCUGUGGCCGAGGGAGGCGGAGCGUGACGAUUUAUUGUUUCAAGAUAGUGACAGCGAAAACGAAUUUAUAUGGGAUAGUGCACGUGAUUCUACGAUGCCUAAACUCGAUUUACUGGAAGAUGCACAACAGGAAAUCCCCCCGACAGAAAUAGGUGAUGAAAGAGUCAUUGGAAACGAUGUUGAUUCUAGGGAAAGUGACAGACUGCUGUCCACGUAUUCUGAUGGACUUUAUAGUGAAUAUAAUGGUCAUCAGAAUGGAACUAUGAUUCCAAUGGAGGAGGAGGACGCGAUGUGGCACUGUCACCAGGACACACCUGCGCAGGUGGAUAGGGUGGCCAGGAAUCAGCUGAUUGCUAUCAGUGUUAUCUGUGUUAUCUUCAUGAUAGGGGAAAUUAUCGGUGGUGUGUUCUCACACAGUGUUGCUUUGUUUACUGAUGUUGCUCACCUGGCUAGUGAUCUCAUUAGCUUCCUCAUCAGCUUAUUGGCUCUCUACCUCUCAACAAAACCAGCUUCAAAGAAGAUGUCCAUGGGAUACUACAGAAUAGAGGUACUAGGAGCACUGAUCAGCAUUUUGAUGAUUUGGUUGGUGACGGGGGUACUGUGUUACACAGCGGGUAAGAGGAUUGUGACAGGAGACUACACUUCUGUAGAGCCCACCUACAUGCUGGCUACUGCCGUAUCAGGAGUUAUAUUUAAUGUCAU